ACUUCCUGCUCGGCGGGUCCCGGCGCGGUCGGAAUCGAGGGAAUUAGUCCCGGGUGAGCCCCGGCAUCGGCACCGAGCGAGGGAGUCCCGGGAGUCCUGGGACCGGCGUCCAAGUGUGGAAGAGAUAUUCCUGUGGUCUCUUGAAGGCAUAGCUGUCACUAGAAAAACCCUGACCUCUUUUCCAAAGUAUUUCCUCUCUGUUGGUGCUGCAUUUAAAGAAAGUCCAGAACAGUCACGUCUCCUCAAACACGCAUGGCCUGCUGUACAUGUUAAGCAAGAGGAAGAGCCCUUCAUCAUCCUAGUCACGUGUGGACCUGAGAGGAGGAGAAGGAGAACCCAUUGUUUGACCUGAGCUUCUGGGGAGGAUAGAUCAAAAAUGUUCACUGGAUAUGACGAUGCUGAGGAUUCUGAAGUGUACGAAGAUGAACUUUAUCACGAGGAGUCAUCCAGUGAGCAGAGUGUUGACAGUGAGGUGGAGUUUCACCUCUAUAGCCAGAUCCACUAUUCCCAGAAUCUUGGAGAAAUCAGCAUGCUGGAAGUUGACAAAGAAGCUGAUGUUGCAGAAGUCAUGGGUCAUAGUUCAGUUCUAACUGAGAAACAGGAUGAAGACAAGAAACCUGUUUCUUGUCAGGAUGAAGAAUUCACUAAUGGUGGUGCUCAGCUUUCAGACGAUUCUGAGAUCAUUGUGCUAUCUGACACACAAGAUGAAGUCAGCAUCUACAAAAGCAAAGCAAAGAGGUCAAGAAGCCUUUCAGCUCAAGAAAAAACACACAUCCACCCUCUAUCUUCCACACCAAGUCACGCCAAAGCUGCUGGAUAUAAUGCCCCUUGUCCCCCUGGAUCAGGUGCGGGCAUGCCAAGGCAGAGGAAAAGCACUAUUGGGAGGCCUAGCCCAAUCCAUUCUGCUGCAGCUGAGGCCAUCCACGAGGUGUUGGUAAUAGACGACAGCUCAGAGGAGAUGAGCGUGACCUCUGAUAGUGAUAACGUCGAGAGCUGGAUGCUUUUGGGAGCGGGUGCAGAUGACAGGGAUGGAGACAUCAUUUUGAACCUUGAAGGCUGCGCCACUCCUGUCAGCAAAGGAGAGGCUGAUGUGGACUGGUCCAUCUCUCAUAAAGACUUAGAGGCACAGAUAUCCAACUAUGCCAGCGUGAGACACAGCAGCAUGAGGUACUACACAGCUGACAAAACCGCCACCAGCAGGAACUGCAACAGACCAGGACAUUUGUCCAGGAACUGUCCCACUCCAAAGAAAGUUCCCCCUUGUUGCCUGUGUGCGGGAAGAGACCAUCUGCAGCAUAGCUGCCCAGCCCGUUUCUGUCUGAACUGCUGUUUGCCUGGGCACUAUUUCAGGGAGUGCCUGGAGAGAGCCUACUGGAACAAACACUGCAACCGCUGUGACAUGAAGGGCCACUAUGCUGAUGCUUGCCCAGAAAUAUGGAGGCAGUAUCACCUAACAACAAAGCCAGGGCCCAUCAAAACAGCCAGUGCCCACUCGGAACGCUCUGUGUCUGUGUACUGCUACAACUGCUCCCGCAAAGGACACUUCGGAUACGAGUGCUCAGAGAAGCGGAUGCAGGGGAGCAUGUUCCCCACGUCUCCCUUCGUCUACUACUACGAUGAUGAAUGCGACAUCAAGAGGAGAGCAAAUAGGUUAAAAAGGAAGGUGGCAGACCUGCAGGAAGCUGGCCUUCUGCCGGAACAGUCCCAAACGCCGUGUCAGGAAGAACAGCUGGAGGAGCACAGCCACAAGAAAAAGAGCAAACCUUGGAAAGGACAACACAGGAAACAGAACAGGGAUGGCGAGCAGCACAAGAAGAUGAAGGUGUCCCAGGCAGGGAAAUCCCGAGAGAAGAAGAACAGGAGGGGUGUUGAAAUCCUCUGUGACCCAGAGGGAGACUUCCCCCGGGGGUGCAAGCAGCAGGUGCCCAAGGGCAGCAGGGUUCGUCGCAAGUCCAUUUUCCAGGCAUUCUCAGGCAGAAAGGCUGGGUGUGUGCAGGAGCCUUUGGAAGGUGUCAAAAAGAAGAAGAAAUGGAAAAAGCAGAAAGAUGCUAGUCCUGACAGCAAGGACAAUCUAUUCCUCAUAAAACAGCGGAGGAAGAAGACCAAACAGAAAUGCUGGUGACAGGGAGGUAGGCAGGUAGCACUGGCAUUUGCUGGCUCUGACUCUGCCUCUGCCUACUCUUUAUUUCUGUCUCUCUCUUAGCACAUGAAUUUCAGCCCGU